CACUCCUUCGUCAUCCCCCUCACCAAGAAACUGAUCAAAACCACCACCACAUCGACUGCACAAGACAGCGGACAACAGAGCAUAGUCUCAUAACUCACAACAUGGUAAACGAUCCCAGAAUCUCGCAGAAUGAGGCAUUCAAAAUCAACCAAGCCGCCGUCACUCAGAACUUCAAACCAAGGAUCGACUAUCGUACCGUCUCAGCGGUCAACGGUCCUUUGGUCGUCCUGGACAACGUUCACUUCCCAUCAUACAAUGAAAUCGUCAACUUGACCCUACCGGAUGGAACCCAGCGAGGUGGCCAGGUACUCGAAGUGAACGGAAAGAAAGCGAUCGUCCAAGUCUUCGAGGGCACCUCUGGUAUCGACGUCCGAGCUACCCAUGUCGAGUUUAGUGGCUCAAGUAUGAAGCUACCGGUCAGUGAAGACAUGCUAGGAAGAAUUUUCAACGGAUCCGGUCAACCUAUCGACAAGGGUCCCAAAGUCUUCGCGGAAGAUUAUUUGGACAUCAAUGGAUCCCCCAUCAACCCAUACUCUCGAAUCUACCCCGAAGAAAUGAUCCAGACCGGGAUUUCCACGAUCGAUGCAAUGAACUCAAUCGCCCGAGGGCAGAAAAUCCCAAUCUUUUCGGCAGCUGGUUUACCUCACAAUGAAAUUGCUGCACAGAUUUGUCGACAGGCCGGCUUAGUCAAAAAAGGGGGAGUUUCCCCGGGACAAGGGAAGCCAACCAAAUCGGUUCAUGAUGAUCAUGAAGACAACUUUUCAAUCGUCUUCGCUGCCAUGGGUGUCAAUAUGGAAACUGCCAGAUUCUUUAGACAAGACUUCGAAGAAAAUGGCUCACUUGAUCGAGUCACCUUGUUCCUUAACUUAGCCAAUGAUCCCACGAUCGAGAGAAUCAUUACCCCACGAUUGGCUCUUACUACGGCUGAAUAUUUUGCCUACCAAUUAGAAAAACACGUGUUGGUCAUCUUGACUGAUAUGUCCUCAUACGCCGAUGCCCUCCGAGAAGUAUCGGCCGCUCGAGAAGAGGUACCAGGAAGACGAGGUUAUCCCGGUUACAUGUACACUGAUUUGUCCACCAUCUACGAGCGAGCCGGACGUGUGGAGGGUCGCAAUGGGAGUAUCACACAAAUUCCCAUUUUGACGAUGCCCAACGAUGAUAUUACCCAUCCUAUUCCGGAUUUGACUGGGUAUAUCACUGAAGGUCAAAUUUUCGUCGAUCGACUACUCUACAAUAAACAAAUCUACCCUCCGAUCAAUGUCUUGCCCUCAUUAUCACGAUUGAUGAAAUCUGCUGUUGGCGAAGGUCUGACUCGCAAAGAUCAUUCAGAUGUUUCCAAUCAAUUAUACGCUAAAUACGCUAUCGGGAAAGAUGCCGCCGCUAUGAAGGCAGUGGUUGGUGAAGAGGCCCUGUCGUCGGAAGAAAAACUAGCGCUCGAGUUCUUGGAUAAAUUUGAAAGCACAUUUGUGACCCAAGGGAACAACGAGAACAGGUCGAUUUUUGACUCCUUAGAUCUUGCAUGGUCGUUACUGAGGAUCUUCCCUCGCGAACAACUCAACCGAAUCCCUCAAAAGAUCCUCGAUGAAUGGUAUUCUCGUCGACCGGCCAAUAACGCCCAAUCUAACCAAAAAAAGAAUGACCCUAAACCUUAAAGACCAUCAGGUUGAUUAGCUUCCAACAUUUAACUAACUGCUUCUUCUUCCUUCAUGCACUUUAUGUUUUUUUGUUUGUUUGUGUUGACAACCAUCUUUGUUAGAUACUUUAUUCCUAUUCACCUUUUUUGUUUUGGUUUUUUAGAUUACAGUACUGAAAAUUUGGACUUUACAUAAAUCAGCUUAUUUGUCCCCAUUUUCACCACAACAUCCCACUUUUUCAACCUCUUUCUCUCUACACUUUUCUCUUUUUAUCCCCCUGUCAUGUGUAUUUUCAUUCAUUCCAGUGUUUUUCUUUUUGCUUUUUUUUUGGUAUGAACCUUUUUUUAUUUCUUAUCAAUAUAUAUACAACAAGUAUAUAUUGUUGUUAUUGAGUACUUUAAACCGUUGAGUUUUUGCCCAGGACAGAUAAAAUGACAACAAAACUCUUGCUUCUUGACUACUCUUCUUACUUCUGGAGUUAUCUCUCUUGCACUCUCAACCUGGACUGAUUUAAUGUUUAUUAGAUUGAACAUUCAGCAAGCUCUUGGAUUCAACGCAGUCUCGAGUUCUCACUCUUGAACCCAAU